AUGCUAGUCAAUAACAAUUCAAAUUUACUACCUGGUAUAAAACUUGGAUUAACAAUAAUCGAUUCUUGUUCUUCGCCACAACUGGCUAUGUCUUCGCUAUCAACAAAAUUAAUAUUAUUGCCUAAACAACAAAAUUACGAUCAGUAUAAUUGCUCUGGAUCGUCUACAAAUACUCACGAUCUUUAUUCUAGCGGGUCACAGGUAUUAAAUCGUAGCAACACUGAUCAUUCCCAUAUUUUGGGUGUUCUUGCAGAAAAAUCUGAACAUAUCACGACAUCAUUGGCUUCUUACACUAGUAGUCUACGUAUUAUUCAGAUUGGUUAUAAUUCUUUUAAUCCUGCAUUGAAUAAUCGUAAAUUCUUCCCCUAUUUCUAUCGUACUUCUCCAUCUCCAGAUGUCCAAACGAAAAUCAUAAUCGACGUUCUAACCCGAAUGAAAUGGAAUUGGAUAUGUAUUGUUCUUGCAAUAUCAAAUAAUUUAGAUUCAGCCGUCGUAAAAUUUGAUUUACAGUUACGACAACAUGGUAUUUGUAUAGCAUAUAAGGCAAUCCUCUAUGAUAAAAAUACUACCUCGGAUUUUAGAAGUGUCAUUACAGCAAUAAGAAAUCAGCAACGGACAAAUGUUAUCGCUUUAUUAGGAGAUGAAAAUAUUGUAUUCAGAUUUUUAAAGGAAGCUGAAAAUCAAAAUUUAGAGGGUAAAACAUGGAUUGGUUCUUACAGUUGGAUGCUUUCUUCAAGAAUUAAAAAUAUCAAUUCUAGCGUAAUUGAUGGAGUAUUAGGUGCUGGUCCAAAUAUGAAAAGAAUAAACAAUUUUGAUCAAUACUUAAAUCAUCUUGAUUUAUGUAAUAAUGUAAAAAAUCCUUGGUUUGUACGUGCUAUACACCAACAUUUACAAUCUUUAAGAAAUCGUAGAGAUCAAGCUAACAAGACGAGCUGUAAGAUUGAUUAUCACGUCAAACAAAAUUUUGCACAUUCAUUUUACACUGUUAAUCCUAUUUCAGCGUCUGUCAUAGAUAGUGUUCUAGCUUUAGCUCAUACCUUACAUGAUCAAUUAGGCUGCAAUACAAGUUAUUGUCCGUCGAUUGAUAAUUUACAUUUCGAUUCGAAUUAUCAAUAUAAGUAUAACGAAUUCUUUAAAAAGGUAAAGUUUAAAACCUUUACAGACGAGUUUUUCUAUUUUCAGUCCGAUGGAAGUAGUUCACUUAAUAUCGAUAUUAUUAAUUUUAAAUCAGUCAAUAAAAAUAAUAAAUCUGCAAUAAUUCCCGUCAGUAUAGGUAGCUGGAGUGAAGAAUUUGGCUUAAAUAUAAAUAUCCAAAUGAUAAAUUGGAAUGGUAAUAAACCAUGGUAUGAGAUACCAAAAGCGCAAUGUUCAGAUAAUUGUCAGCCGGGUUCAUAUCGUGUUAAUAAUCCCAAUAUCACAGUACUUAAUCAAAGAUGCUGCUGGUUAUGUGUAUCUUGUAAAUCACAAAGUAUUAGCACCACCAUAAAUUCACUAGAUUGCCAGGAAUGUACAAAUUUCACGAAAGCCAAUAAAAAUAAAACCGAAUGUAUCGAUAUGGAACUUCAGCCAUUUAGCUGGAACAGUAGUGCUAUCAUCACAUUUUAUAUAACAGCGGCGCUAUAUACGAUAAUGGUGUUCUUUAUUUGGUCAUUAAUGAUUAUGUAUCGUACAACACCAGUAGUUAAAGGAUCUAAUUUUGUAUUGAUUAAUAUUUUAUUAAGUUUUAUAGCUCUCGAUAUUCCAUCAACUAUAAUCCAGUUUUUGCCUGUUUCUCAGCUAAUAUGUCAGUGGCAAAUAAUAGUAAUAGCCUUUACACAGCUUGGUAUAAUGACAACGGUGAUAUGUAAAACUAUACAAAUCUGGUUAAUAUUUCGAAAUUCAAUCGGUCAAAAUUCUCUACUAUCAAAGCUUACGAAAACCAAGAGUCAAGUCAUGUUGAUUAUUAUUCUCUUGACAAUUUUCUUGAUUUUCAUAUUGUUGCUAACUAUUUUGCGGCCAAUAGCAAUCACGACAAGAAUUACAGCUGAUAAUUAUAUCAACUUAAGCUGUGAUUAUGCUAAUUCUCCAGCAUUAACGGUAUCACUUGGACUUUCAUUUAUAUUAUCCGUUGUAAGCUUGAUAUUAGCUUUUCAGGUUAGGUCAUUUCCCCACAAUUUCAAUGAAGCUCGAUACAUCUUUUUAGCCACGUUCUUACUUAAUAUCUCAGCUGCGAUUUCCGUACCGACAUAUUUUUCACUACGUGGUGAAAUGAAGCAAAUGCUGGGUUAUUUUUCCAGUCUUGGUCAAGGACUAAUUCCUCUAAUUUGCUUUUUUAUCCCGAAAGUAUACAUUAUUUUUUAUCGGCCCGAACUAAAUACACGUCAAGAAGCAGUUACGAGUGUGGCCAACUUUUCAUUCAACAACUAUCGAAUUUCUGGUAAGGAUAGUAUAGCUGGUGAAAUACGAGAAUCUUCUAUAAAUUAA